AUGAGUACUGAGAAGGAAGAUAUGCUUUUACCAGAUAGCUAUAUUGAAGUUCCCAAAUCAAUCGGCAAAUACAAUGUAAUGCAUACGAUCUCCAAAGGUAAAUCCAGUGUUGUUGUCUAUGCUGUCGAUAAAAAAACGAAUGAAAAUGUAGCUAUCAAAAUCUUUGUUAGAAAUGAAAUUACAAAACAAAACAUGAUGUCAUAUUUUGAAAACGAACUUCGUUUAAGCUCACGAUUUAAUCAUCCAAAUAUUGUUCGUGUAUUAGAGAUCAUUUACGAGGAAGAAUACAUUAUGAUUGUCAUGGAGUACCUUCCGAAUGGUGAUUUAACCUCCUUGCUUCAUAGAAGCACAAAACUUUCAAUUGAAGAAAUGAUGAAAAUUACUUACGAAAUUUUACUUGGACUAGACUAUCUUCAUAAAAGAGGAAUUUCGCACAGAAACCUCAGUCCGGAUAAUGUUUUGUUUGACAAGUUCAAUACUCCUAAGUUAAUAGACUUUGGCCUGUCAAAGGAAAACAGUUCUAUUGUUCAUACCAUGUGUGGAACACCACGUUACAUAGCCCCAGAGGUAAUAUUAUCGCGGAACUACGAUGGAAGAAAGGCAGAUAUUUGGUCAUUUGGUGUCUUAUUACAUCUCCUUGUUUGUGGCACUCUUCCAUGGAGUAAUUCGAGCGAAGCCCAAUAUGUUAAAGCUAUCCAAGAUAGCAAAUUGCAAAUUAAUAUUGAACCAAAAGGAAUAAUGGGAUCUCUCAUUACAAAAUCACUUGUUAUAGAUCCUUUGUUGCGUGCAUCUUCUGAAGAGCUACUAUCAUGCCUUGAUAUGAAAAAUCACAAGAAAAUAAUUAUGGCAAGGUUUGUUUCAGAGAGAAGGACUUCAUCCGGCUCUAUUCUUCCUAAACUCAAUUUGUCCAAUGGAAUUCCUUGCUUCUCAAGAUCGAGGCUCAUCCAUGAUAAAGUUAUCGGAAAAUUACCUCAAAACAUCAAGCAACCGAAGAAUUUGCGUGAUGUAUGA